CAUCCACCUCUCUCUCUCUCUCUCCGAUAUCGAGCGUUUAUCUCGGAACCAAAUCCUCAAUUUAUUGUUUUGUGUUUGCAUCUGUAACAACAACACCCCCCAUUGAAAAUUUCUCCGCAACCCUUUUGUUUUCUCGAAGAUCCGAACAAUACCCACUUUUCAUUUUUGGUUUUUUCUGCAGAUCUUCGCUUUCUCUCUCUAAAACCCAAAGAAACACAGAGGGGGUUGCACUCUCUAGAAAUGGUGGUGAAGAUGAUGAGAUGGCGGCCUUGGCCGCCUCUGCUGUCGAAGAAGUACGAGGUGAGUCUGGUGGUGAGGAGGCUGGAGGGGUACAAUCAGGUGGGUGCGGAGGCAGAAAAGGGCGGGGGAUUGACGGUGGAGAUCAGGUGGAAGGGGCCGAAGAUCGCGCUGAGCUCGUUCAGGAGAACGGUGAAGAGGAAUUUCACCAAGGAGGCUGGGGUUUCUGAAAACGGUGUCGUAGAGUGGGAUGAGGAGUUUCAGAGCGCCUGUGCUUUGUCUGGCUACAAGGACAAUGUUUUCCAUCCUUGGGAGAUCGCCUUCACUGUCUUCAAUGGCUUGAAUCUAGGGUCAAAAAUCAAGGUGCCAGUUGUCGGAACAGCGUCAUUGAACCUUGCUGAAUUUGCUUCGAAAGCUGAGGAAAAAGACUUCGAUCUUAACAUCCCUCUCAUCUCAGGCAGUGCAGCCGAGCCUCAUCCUUCACUUUGUAUAACACUCAGUUUAUUGGAGCUAAGGACCGGUCAAGAAUCUGCCGAGUCAGUUCAGAGAUCAAUCGUUCCUGCCGCAUCACCUCCCCCUCCCCAUCCCCAGUCAGCAGAUCCUCUAUCAACAGACAAAGACGAGUUUUCUGCACUAAAGGCCGGUCUGCGAAAGGUGAAAUUUUUUACGGAGUAUGUCUCAACCAGAAGAGCAAAAAAGGCUUGCCGUGAGGAAGAGGGUAGCGAGGGAAGAUGCUCUGCCAGGAGCGAAGAUGGUGAUUACACCUACACUUUUGACUCGGACUCAGUUGAUGAGUUUGAGGAGGGAGAAUCAGAAGAGGGAAAAGAGGAUCCUAGUGUUAGAAAAUCAUUUAGUUAUGGCACAUUGGCUUACGCAAACUGUGCCGGCGGAUCACUUUACUCAAAUACGAAGAUCAACAGUGAGGAUGAAGAUUGGAUUUACUACAGCAACCGCAAAUCUGAUGUGGGUUGUUCACGGAUGGAGGAUUCGACUGCCUCUAUCUCUGAGCCAUCCUUAUUUCAGACCUCAAAGCGUAGUAUCUUGCCUUGGAGGAAGAGGAAGCUUAGCUUCAGAUCUCCGAAGGCCAAAGGGGAGCCACUACUAAAGAAGGCUUAUGGAGAAGAAGGUGGGGAUGACAUUGACUUUGACCGUCGGCAGCUAAGCUCUGAUGAAUCUCUUAGUCUUGAGCGGCAUAAGACUGAUGAAGACUCGAGUGCGUAUCGAUCAUCAGUGUCUGAGUUUGGGGAUGACAAUUUUGCCAUUGGAAGCUGGGAACAGAAAGAAGUAACAAGUCGUGAUGGACACAUGAAGCUUGAAACUCAGGUCUUCUUUGCUUCCAUUGAUCAGCGGAGUGAAAGGGCUGCGGGUGAGAGUGCUUGUACAGCCCUUGUUGCUGUCAUUGCAGAUUGGUUUCAAAAUAACCGGGAACUCAUGCCCAUCAAGUCUCAGUUUGACAGUCUGAUCAGAGAAGGCUCAUUAGAAUGGAGAAACCUUUGUGAGAACGAGGCCUAUAGGGUACGAUUUCCCGACAAGCACUUUGAUCUGGAUACAGUCCUCCAAGCCAAAAUACGUCCACUUUCUGUAGCUCCAGGGAAGUCCUUUAUUGGUUUUUUCCACCCAGAUGGUAUGGAGGAGGGGAGAUUUGAUUUUUUGCAUGGUGCUAUGUCUUUCGACAACAUAUGGGAUGAGAUUAGCCGUGCAGGGUCCGAAUGUCCCGGAAAUAGCGAUCCCCAAGUUUACAUAGUCAGUUGGAAUGACCAUUUUUUCGUCCUCAAGGUCGAACCAGAAGCUUACUAUGUCAUUGACACGCUGGGAGAGAGGCUCUAUGAGGGCUGUAACCAGGCAUACAUCUUGAAAUUUGACAGGAAUACAACAAUUUACAAACUGCCGAGUUCAAUGCAAUUGUCAGAAGAAAAACAGGCAGCUCCAAUGGAACCUAAGAACGAGCUGGGUCAGCAGAUUAACCUUAAUGAGGGUUCGGUGGAAGGGCUAGUCAUAGCCAAAUCUGACGACUCUAUGAAGACUAAUGCAGAGCAAGAGGAGGUUAUGUGCCGAGGGAAAGAUUCAUGCAAGGAGUACAUAAAGAGCUUUUUGGCUGCAAUCCCAAUAAGGGAAUUGCAGGUGGAUAUUAAGAAAGGUUUGCUCGCUUCAACGCCACUUCAUCACCGUUUACAGAUCGAGUUUCAUUACACCACCCAGGUACAAUCACCACCAGCAGAGAUUUCAGCUAUAGAAGCAACCACGAUUAUGCUUUCGUUAUCUAAAACGGAUGACAUUUCCGACUAAAAGGUCAGUCCAAUAAAUACCCAACUCACUGGUGAUGCCAAAAGUAGGCUGAAGUUGCAAUAACAGAGGUUGUCACGUAGAGACUUGCUGUAAAUUCUAGGAUUUGAGUUUAUCUAACAUGUUUUUUUUUUUCCCCUUGUCGCUGGUAAGGGGUGAAUGGGCUAAAAUAGGGGAGUCCAUUUCAGGUUUUUUUUGAAUGGUUUGUGAGAGAAGGGGUUGUGUUUUCGUUUUCCACUACUCUGUAACCUGUGUUGGUAUCUGUCCAUUUGAUCUUUGUGUGACAUCUCUCAUUCCCCCUUUCAUUUUUGUCCACCCUUACUGGAAAAGUGAUACUCUGUACAUGAGACUCUUUAUCUUUCUGUUUCUUCAUUAUUUUUA